AGAGCAUACCUCAUGGGCUACCCAACCACUCAAGCACCACAACGGUGUGCCCGAAAUGCACCAUUCUCUUACUGCAGGGUCCUCCUGCAUGCCACAAAUUUGAGUUGUUCAUGGGACGAUGACCCGGAGAUGUAGCCUUCAUGUAUAAGAGGUGUCCUUGGCCUUUCGUCUUCGCCCUUUCUUCUUCAUCAACCUUGAUUCUUAGGCCUCUUCUCGUUUUCUUCGCACAUGCUCGUUCUACUGAACCAUAUUUCCAAAUCCACAACAUUGCCAACACGUUCUGCAUCUACGACAAUGGCUCCUAACCCGUUGUGUCUCGUCUGGCGCGAGCAGAUUAUAGAUAAUCUUCGUCUGAUAUCAGGGCGCAGUGCUGUCAUUGACAUUUACACCUCUCGCCAGCCUAACAAGUCAUACACCAUCUACGCCGUCAAGGUUCACCGGGGCAAACGCCAGGAGAUUCUCUCAGCAACGGGCCGCGACCUGGAAGAUGCCUUUGAGAACCUCCACUCCAAGUCCUCUCAGGAGGUAUACCAAUUCAUCGAAGCCAACGGUUUCGCGUUCCCCCGAGGCGUGAGAUCAGAAGACUCUGAAAGCUCCGGCAGUGAAGCCUCGACCAUUGACGCCUCCGAUGUGCUCUCUCUGUCUGCCGGCUCUGACAGCGACAACGACGACAUCAUGUCCAGGAGGGGUAAGAAGACAAAGUCCUCCCGGCGCAAGAGCAAGCGCAAAUCCCGCAAGCACACCAAGGACGACUCUUCUUCUUCCUCCUCUGAAGAAGACGUCGACUCGGAACCAGAACAAACCACGCGUAUGCGCCGCCCGGCCCCUGGACAACGCCCGUCGUACAUCCCCGCGCCCCCCAUGGCCGCGAUAUCGCAACCUCCCCCUUCCCCUCCAGGCUGGACUGGCCACCGUCCACGCACCUUCCCCCGCGCACCAGACGGUGUACCACCGCCGCCCCCACGGGGGAGCUUCCCCCCUGGAAUGCGACUCCCAUCACCACCUCAAGGUAUGGUUCCCGCGGCGAUGACCGCCGCCGUGGUUCCGGCAAUCCCCACUGCCCCCUCGAAGCCCGUCCGCCUCAUCAUCAACUGGAGGGGCCACGGCGAGAAGAAGAUUGUCGAGAACUGCCAGCCGAGUCACCGGGCCCUGCAGAGGACGGCGCUCGCACACGUGCGGUCCCAGUGGCAGACGUUUGACAACGCGCUCGCCCAGGAGAUGACGCCGGGCAGGCUUUGGGGGCUGGGUGCCAAGGUUCGCAAGGUGGCGCUGGGCAAGGACAUGUACUCCAUCUCGGCGGCCGGCGGGGACGACCUGGGCAUGUACUUCAAGGCGGAGGAUAUUCCCAUGUUUGAGGUCGAGGUCGACCACGACGGCAGUAUCAUGCCGCCACCGCCGCCGCCUCAGCAUCACCACGGUCAGCGCUGAGUUCUUGAUGGACGAAUUCGGUGUGCUAUGGAGGAAUCUCUGCAUUCAUCUUUUGAAUUGGCUUCGGAUUGGUUAAGAGGCGUGGUGUUCCAUGUAAGCAUACGUGCGUUUAUCCCGGCAGGUUUCGAUUUCGGUCACCACAUCUGCAUGAGUUUCGGGGGAGUCAUCAGAAUUGCAUUUCGGAUUUUGGUUACAGGGUAGAAAGCAGGCUCGCUCAGAGGAAUAUGUCUCCCCUUUUUGUCUUGUUUUAUUUUUUCCAGCUUUUACUUGGUUAUUUUGCUUCUUUGGAAAGGGGGGGUUAGGUCUAGAUAUCGUGUUAUGGCUUGGGAGGAGGAGCAAAAUCAUUCUUGGG